GGCUGAGGCAGCGGCAGCAACGUGCCCUCCGCAGUCAGUCCGGCCGCGUCGGACCCGCGCCCGCCCGCGCGCCGGCACCACGCUGGGCCGCCCUCUCCACUGAGCGCGGUACAAGGAAAUGCUAGAACUAGUGAUCUCACCCAGCCUUACUGUAAACAGCGACUGUCCAGAUAAACUGAAGCUUAACCGAGCUGAGGCUGAUGUCCAGACCUUGAGUGACAUAGAAGACCUUGCCCACGUGUCCUGCCCAGCCAGCCCGCCACCAUCAUGGCAGCCUACGGCCAGACCCAGUACAGUGCGGGGCUCCAGCAGGCUGCUCCCUACGCGGCCUACUCCCCUCCAGCACAAGCCUAUGGAAUCCCCUCCUACAGCAUCAAGACAGAAGAUAGCUUGAACCAUUCCCCUGGCCAGAGUGGAUUCCUCGGCUACAGCUCCAGCUUCAGCACCCCACCCACUGGACAGAGCCCAUACACCUACCAGAUGCACGGCACGGCGGGGAUCUAUCAAGGAGCAAAUGGACUGACCAAUCCAGUGGGAUUCGGGAGUAUGCACCAGGACUACCCUUCCUACCCCGGCUUCCCCCAGAGCCAGUACUCCCAGUAUUACAGCUCAUCCUACAGCCCUCCUUACGUCCCGGCCAGCAGCAUCUGCCCUUCUCCCCUCUCCACGUCCACCUACGUCCUUCAGGAGACCUCGCACAACGUCCCCAACCAGAGUUCUGAGUCGCUGGCUGGCGACUAUAACACACAUAAUGGACCUUCCACGCCGGCAAAAGAGGGAGACACAGACAGGCCCCACCGGGCCUCCGACGGGAAGCUCCGAGGCCGGUCUAAGCGCAGCAGUGACCCCUCCCCACCAGGGGACAACGAGAUCGAGCGUGUGUUCGUGUGGGACCUGGAUGAGACAAUCAUUAUUUUUCACUCCUUACUCACGGGGACUUUUGCAUCCAGAUAUGGGAAGGACACCACAACAUCCGUGCGCAUCGGCCUGAUGAUGGAAGAGAUGAUCUUCAACCUUGCAGAUACACAUCUGUUCUUUAAUGACCUAGAGGACUGUGACCAGAUCCACGUUGACGAUGUCUCAUCCGAUGACAACGGCCAAGAUUUAAGCACUUACAACUUCUCUGCCGACGGCUUCCACAGCUCGGCCCCGGGAGCCAACCUGUGCCUGGGCUCCGGCGUGCACGGCGGCGUGGACUGGAUGAGGAAGCUGGCCUUCCGCUACCGGCGGGUGAAGGAGAUGUACAACACCUACAGGAACAACGUGGGCGGCUUGAUAGGCGCUCCCAAAAGGGAGACCUGGCUACAGCUCAGAGCCGAGCUGGAAGCCCUGACCGACCUCUGGCUGACCCACUCCCUGAAGGCACUAAACCUCAUCAAUUCCCGGCCCAACUGUGUCAAUGUGCUGGUCACCACCACUCAACUAAUUCCUGCCCUGGCCAAAGUCCUGCUAUAUGGGCUGGGCUCUGUGUUUCCUAUUGAGAACAUCUACAGUGCAACCAAGACAGGGAAAGAGAGCUGCUUCGAGCGGAUAAUGCAGAGGUUCGGCAGGAAGGCCGUCUACAUCGUCAUCGGUGAUGGUGUUGAAGAGGAACAAGGCGCGAAAAAGCACAACAUGCCUUUCUGGAGGAUAUCCUGCCACGCGGACCUGGAGGCAUUGAGGCAUGCCCUGGAGCUGGAGUAUUUAUAGCAGAGCCAGCAGCACCGACAGCUGGCAUGGCUAGAUGCAUCACACCCACCCAGGACCCCCCGCCUUGCCCGCCUCCCCAGCGAACACUCCAGAGAUCCAGAGGCUGGACAUCCAGGCAUCAGGAUGUAUCCGGGGUCCAUCUCAGAGCCUGUCCUUUCCAUCCACACCAGGUUCCUGAGAAGCAAGCACCCCAUUAUUGGCUUUGGAAUACUUGACUUGGGGACAAGUGAUCGCUGAGUCCAGACUUUUCUACAAGACUCACAGAACAAAAGCAAGGAAUUGCUGGUUUGAGGGGAGGGCUGGUGGUUAGGAGGGGCAGAUUCUUUUUUUUUUUCCUUUUUAAUUUAUGGACUAAUCUCAUUAUUCCGGUAUUAUGCUCUUGUACCUGUGUUGGUGUUUUUCUUAGUCGUUGGCUUGGUUUUGUUUUUAAACUGGCAUGUGGGGGCAGUUCACAGUUCUAAUUUAAGCACUCUCUUCUCCAAGUUGUGCUUUGGGGGGGAACAGUCAUUCUUUGACCAUUAGUGAGAGAGGUGAUUUGGGGCUGUUGGGAAGACUAUUGCUUAUUUUGGUUUGUAAAGCCCUUACCUGAUGUCAUGUGGACAGUGCACGUGCCUUAUGCUGCCAUCUUGUUUUCUAGGAAGAGGGGACACUGGGAAGGGAGCAGUACUUUGUGAUGGAUAAAAGGCAUUAAAUAAA